GAGUCCCUCCCUCGUGUUUCUGCCUUUGGAUGCUGGGAGGGAUCCGCGGCUGGCAAGCGCUGCUGUCCUGGCCGUCGGUCUCCUGCGAAGCUCUGGUCCUCACAGGGCCGUUCCACGCGGCCGACGCAUCGACCGUCUUCAAGCGAGGGCCUCGCCGGGUACAGCCCUCGGCUGUCACCUUUGGGGCUGCCGUUGCCAAGCCGAGAGGGACAACUAUCCCUACCAAUCUGCGGAGGACUUUCAGCAAAGCCACCCUUCUGUGCGCCUCCUGUCCCGGUGGCGCCGGCGAGAGGGUGCUGAGCCCGUGGACGUCUAUGCUGCUUCUUCACCUCUGGGAUACCGAACACGUGCCAAGCUGGCGGUGGGACCUUCCCGUGGAGGGGCGCCGGUGAUCGGUCUUUUUGCCAGAGGUACCUUCGAGGUGGCGAGGUGCCGCGGAUGCGCCGUGUUUCACCCCGCCAUCGAUCGGGCCCUGGGUGUGCUGGAAGCUGCCCUGGCGGCGCUGCCUGGCGUGCUGCCCUUCGACCACGCCAAGCCCGAGAGUUGGCGAGUAACUGCGCCGGCCCUGCGGUAUGUGGAGCUCACAGCUGAGCGGCAGACAGGCUUGGUACAACUCGUGCUUCUGUGGAACGGCGAGCGUGGGUCGCCGGCACCAGCGCUGGAGGAGCUGAUCGAGAAGCUUUGGCCUCUCGAGGCCACGGAGAGCGAAGACUGGCACUCCAUUUUGGUGCAUUGGCGUGCUCCAGACCCGAGCCUUCAGCGGGAAAUGCGUUCGAAGCGACCAGAUGCCUGGCAGCAGUGUCGGCCACGGACACGGAGAGGAAUGUUGGUUGCCACCGUGCGCGAAGUGCUGGAUGGACUGCCCUUCGUUUUCGGAGCACAGAGCUUCCAGCAGGCAAAUAUGGGCGUCUACGAGCAGAUCCUGCGAGACAUGAAGGCCGCUCUGCAAAGUGAGAUCUCGGCUUUCCUCGGCAGCGAGGGCCGUGGCACACUGCGGCUUCUGGAGCUAUGCGGAGGUGUUGGUGCCAUAGGCCUCAGCCUAGCGCAUGCGGCAGCGAUUUCAAAGGCUUUCGCAAGCGUGGCGCUCCUGAGCACGGACAUCAAUCCAGAAGGUGGGACACUGUUCAAAGCCAACGCGUCCCAGAUUUUUUCCGACAUCAGAGAGCAUAGUGCAGUGCGCACUGAGUUUGCUCCCUUGAGCUUGAACGCAGCGCUGCGGAAUGUGGAAGCGCUGGACGGGCCAGCCGAAGUGUUGAUCGUUAAUCCCCCGCGCUCCGGGCUGUCGGCACGGAGCUGGCGCAGCGGUCGCCCAGCGGGUGAGGAGGAAGCGCAGCAGAUUCGAGACAGUGCUGUCCGUGUCAUCAUCUACAUGAGCUGCGGACCACGGAGCUUCAUGCAGGAUGCUCGCCGAUUGACUAACCCAAGCGGCGGCACGCCGCCGUUUCGACUGGCUUCUUUGCGAUGUUACGAUUUGUUUCCUUUCACGGACCACAUUGAAACCCUGGGCGUCUUUGUCCGGGAGGAAGCUGCCCUGGCACCACUUCAAAGCCAAGUGGAAAGCCGGGACAGCUUGAAAUGGUUGCCUUGGGACGAGUCCAGCUUUGCGCGUGACGGCACACCGGUGCGGCUAGAGAAGGGUCGUUGGCAGUGCCAGUUUCUGGUGGGCAUCGAGGCUUCGCACAACUUCGGCGUGGUUGGCCGCGUGAUCGGCUACCGAGGGAGUAACAUGAAACGCAUUGCAGGUGCUAGUGGUGCGAAGAUGAGGUUGCGAGGCUGCGGAUCUGGCUUCGUUGAGGCUGAACUGGGAACCGAGUCUGAGGAUCCGCUGAUGCUAUGUGUCAGUGCUCCGGACGUCAAGUCUUACCGAACAGCCGGCUCGAUGAUCCAUGAUUUGUUCACGGAGGUUUACACCAAGUUUGUCGACUUCGUCGAGUUUUCGGGGGAAGCUGUCGCCACUCCUCCCAAA